CUUGGGUGAGAUAAGAUGAGGUGCCAUAGCUCUUCACUAGUCUUGAGAAGCCCAAAGAAAGAAGAGCAAGAAGUACCGGAUACCAAAGAAGCUAUUGCUGAAGGUGAAGUCGAUAUUAUAGACGAAUUGGAGGGCAUAUUGGGGAUUGAAGAUGACGAUGAGGAACUCGGAACAGUUUAUGGUCAUGAUUAUCAUCUGAGUUGGGAUUUCAUGGACUUGGAGAGUUAUAUAUAUAGAGAAGAAGAAGAAGAUGAAGGAGGAGAUGGGCAUAUUAAGGUGGAUAACACUAUUGGCUCCAUUGAUGAAGAGAAAAGCUUCUAUUAUGGCAGAGGUGUAAAAGAAGAAAGUGAGACUGUUGGGUUCUUCGAUGAGGAAGAACAUAAGGCGUCUUUGAAUUUGAACUUGAAUUAUCAAGAGGUCUUGGAUGCUUGGUCCGAUCGUGGACCUUUCUGUGGCGAUGAUGGCUAUCUUUCAAGGGCUAACAAUGGCUACUAUAUGGGAGAAGUUCCAGUGAUAGAAGAAGAGAGAAGUACGAGAAGGGAAGCAAGUGUGAUGAGGUAUAAGGAGAAGCGUCAAACUAGAUUGUUCUCCAAGAAGAUAAGGUACCAAGUUCGCAAGCUCAAUGCAGACAAAAGACCCAGAUUCAAGGGUCGUUUUGUGAAGAGAGUUUGAUCUCUCUCUCAACAAAUAUCUCAUCCCUCUCAACAAAUAUCUCAUCCAACCAGUCGACUUCACUUUUAUUUGUGCAUGCAUGAGCAUGUUGUAUACUUGUAUGUUGUUUUGUUUAAGUCAAUGGAAAUAUCUUUCCUUCUUUGACUCCAUAUGAAAAUAUCUAAGCUUACUAUUAUUAUCUUUCAGACUUUUCA